AUGAACGAUUCUUUAGAAAUUUUGGAAACUACUAAAGGAAAAGCUUUAGCAGUACACAAUGGUUACCAAUAUAGGAGGUAUCGAACCAAUAAUGUAAAUGUUACAACCUGGGUAUGUUUGAAUGAAAAAAAGAGAGAAAAAUGCACAGGAAGAUUAAAAACAACAGAUAAUACUAUUUUAAAUGUUACUAUUCAUCAAUGUAAAUAUGACUCGGCAAAAAUUGAAGUUAAAAAAAAAUACAAUAUUGCAAAAAAACGCGUACGUGAUUCAUCAAAUUCUGCCGCUCAAAUUUUUCGUGAAGAGUUUACACCAUUAAUAGAUCAGGGAUUAGAUUUAGUGACCGAAAUUCCAGUUUACUCGUCUGUAAAAACGACAUUAAAUCGUAUACGUAGGAAAUCGCUUGGAAAUUCGUUGGAUCCUAAAUUAAGGGAAGAUAUUAUCAUACCUAGUGAUUCUGAGUUUGUAUUAUUUGAUGACGGAAAAGAAGAUAGAAUUAUAGGCUUAUGUUCAAGUAAAGGUAGACAAAUUGCUUCUGAAGGAAAAACUUGUUUUGUGGAUGGCACUUUUAAAAGCUCUAGCAAACAAUUUUAUCAAGUUUAUACUGUUCAUAUUGAUAUUGGGUCUACAAAUGACGAAAUAAAUAUAAUUCCUCGUUUAUUUUCGAUGAUAAAAGCACACAUUCCAAAUUUUAAUCCUGAAUCAUUUACAUUGGAUUUUGAAAUUUCAACUAUUCAAUCAAUAAAACAAAUAUUCCCAAAUGCCGAAAUAUAUGGUUGCAACUUCCAUUUUAAUCAAUCGCUUUGGAGAAAAGUUCAAAAUAUAGGUUUAGCGAGUAAUUAUAAAGAUGAUGCAGAUAUUAGAUUACACGUUAGAAUGUGUUCUGCCUUAGCUCAUAUUCCAAUUGAUGACAUUGACGAAGUGGCUGGAAAACCCGAUUAUUUCAAGAAGUGUAUGGAAUUGUUAUCAAAGAAGACAUAG